AUGGAGUGCUCUCAGACCGGCUCCACACCUCUGGAGCUCUUAUCCUUCCACAACACGGCGCUGAGGAAACUGCCGGUGGAUGACACGGAUGAACCCGGGUCCAGGACCGUCCCGGGGGCGUGUUUCUCCCGGAUCAGGAGCCUCCAGCCGCUGCUCCGUCCCCAGCUCGCGGCGCUGUCCCGGGCAGCGCUGGCUCUGCUCGGCCUCAGGGAUCUGGAUGUGCUGGAGGACCCUCGGGCUCCGGAGUAUCUGAGCGGCUCCAGGCUGCUGCCCGGCUCCCAGCCCGCUGCCCACUGCUACUGCGGACACCAGUUCGGCCUGUUCGCGGGUCAGCUGGGGGAUGGAGCGGCCAUGUACCUGGGGGAGGUGGGGUCAGGACCCCAGGGGCGAUGGGAGAUUCAGGUUAAAGGUGCAGGAGUCACACCUUACUCCAGAGACGGUGACGGCAGGAAGGUGCUUCGCUCCAGCAUCAGAGAGUUCCUCUGCAGCGAGGCCAUGGCCGCCCUGGGGAUACCCAGCACCCGGGCGGCCUCCCUCGUCACCUCUGACCUCCGUGUCAUGAGAGAUCCCCUCAACAGUGGCCAGCGGAUUCCUGAGCGAUGCUCGGUGGUCCUGCGCCUCGCCCCGUCCUUCAUCAGGUUUGGAUCCUUUGAGAUCUUUCUGGGCCGUGAUGAAUUCUCAGGCGUGCAGGGUCCCAGCGCCGGGCGGCAGGACAUCCGUGCUCAGCUCUUGGAUUACGUCAUUGAGAGCUUCUUUCCCUCCGUUCAGCAGGAUCACAGCAACCGGAGAGAAAGAAAUAUGGCUUUUUUCAGAGAGGUGAUGACGCGAACUGCUGAGCUAGUGGCCAAGUGGCAGUGUGUUGGUUUUUGCCACGGCGUCCUGAACACAGACAACAUGAGCAUCUUGGGUCUAACUCUGGAUUAUGGCCCCUUCGGUUUCAUGGACCGGUAUGAUCCAGAUUUUAUCUCCAACGCCUCAGACAAAAGAGGCCGUUACUCAUUCCAAGCCCAGCCGUCUGUGUGCCGCUGGAACCUGGCUCGCCUGGCCGAAGCGUUGGGCUCCGAGCUGGAUGCCGCUGAGGCAGGAGCUAUCCUGGACGACUUUAUGCUCACGUACGAAGCCUUCUACCUGAGUAUCAUGAGGAAGAAGCUGGGCCUGGUGAGCCGAGAGGAGCCAGAGGACGGCCAGCUCAUAUCGGACCUGCUGAGCGUCAUGCACAACACUGGUGCAGAUUUCACCAACACCUUCCGCCUGCUGAGCCGUGUCCCCUGGCCUGAGGAGGGCGACUGUGAGAAGGAAGCAGUGGGGCCUGUAGUGGACCUCAUCUUGCAGCAGUGUUCCUCCAUUGAGGAACUUAAGGUGGCUAAUAAGCCAACAAUGGAGGACCGUGAGCUGGCAAUGAUUUUGUCCAUGGCACACACCAACCCGGUAAUGUUCAGCAUGGCGGCAAGCAGCCCCGGUGUGUCCCAUCAGCUGGAGCGUAUAGCCCGGCUAAAGGAGCUGCUUGAGACGGAUCAAGAUGAGCUCAAGGAAAAGCAGUGUGACGACUGGACUCACUGGGUUAGAAGAUAUAGGAGACGUUUAUCCAGGGAGUGUGAUGACACGAGUAGCUUGUCUCCAAUCAAAAAGCAGAGGCUCAGUGUGAUGAACAGCAACAACCCCCGGGUCGUGCUACGCAACUAUGUCGCCCAGAAUGCAAUUCAAGCUGCCGAAAAAGGAGACUUCUCUGAGGUCAACAGGGUCCUGAAAGCUCUAGAGGACCCAUACUCUGACACAUCUGGACUGGAGCCUCCGGAUGGAUUUACUGCAUCUGGAGAAAAGGAGCAGAGGCAGGUGGAUUUGACUGUUGGCUAUGACAGGAAACCUCCUACCUCGGCACAAAGGAUUUGUGUCACCUGAUCUUCAUAG